AUGUAUAAACAAACGGUGUGUUUGAUCCUUUGUUUUUCAAGUAGUGUUCUAUCAAGUAGUCUAUUUUCACCAUGUAAAGUGACAGACGGAGAUUGUAUUUCCAAAUCUACCCAAGCUCUAAUACCGGCUCUUUUAUCUGGGAUUCCUGAGCUAGGAGUAGAGAGUUCGGAUCCACUCUUCGUUGAAAAAAUUGAAGGAAAUUUGUCUAUAAUUAAAUAUAAAUUCUACAACACCACCGUCGAAGGCUAUAAACAUUGCAAAAUUAGUAACAUCAAGGUAUCACCAGACAUUACAAAUUUGCACUACGAACUUGACUGUGAUAAACUUAAACUAUCUGGCAAAUACGAUGUUAAUGGUCGUCUUGUUAUAUUGCCGGUAGAAGGAAGUGGAGACUAUGAGUUAAUUACAGGCAAAUACCAUAUCGACAUUGACGCUGAAUUGAAAACAUCCCCUGGUAAAGAUGGAAAAGACCACUUGCAGAUCAAAAACUUCAAGUUGAAGUGCAAAUCUCUAUCUCCAACUAAAUAUGACUUCAGAAAUCUAUUUAAUGGACAAAAAGAUCUUUCUGACGCUGUUCACAAAUUCGCUCACGAGAACUGGCAAGAGGUAGCUGAACUAGUACAGGAUCCCACAUGGUAUGCAACUCAGAAAAAGGUUAUAAGCAAUGUGAAUAAGUACCUAAAAUCUGUACCCCUAGACGACCUAAAGAUUGCCUAA